UUGAGAAUAACAUCUAAAAGACAUAAUAUAAGGAAGUCCUUAAUUGGGAAAAUUAGCGAAGCGGUGAUCGUCAAGACGAAAAAAAAACCUCAAAACUUUUUGAUAAAUGCGCCCGGGAUGCCGGUAUAGGAUGACCCGGUAUUCCCCGAAAGGUAGCCCUUCGCUUUACCCAACCGUCAAAAAAAUUAUCGACAGCCUUGUCCUGAUCGGGUAGUCCUCUACUACACAGUAGAAAAAAAAAUUGCGAUCAAGUUUAGAUCAGUACCUUAGGUCAAAGGCGUCCCACUUUCUCAACCCACUCGUCCUAUGAAUUUUCGAGUCGUAGUCUUUCCCUUAGCAUUACCUAGUACCUAAACCUACCUGAAGCAGCUUGAGGUACUUCUGGUCUCUCAGGAAACUUCCCAAGGGCCGACGACCUUACGCUCAUAUCAACUAUUGCACUGUGUCCCCUUAGGUACUUACCCCCCUAGGGCCUGAAGGUACCCAGCUGCUAACUAACUUAGCAACCAAGUAACCAAGCAACCACCGACCCGGACGAUUCUGUUCCUCUAGUUUCUUUCCGAAGCUCUUACUUCCUUUUCUUCCUUUCCCACUCACACACCAGUCAGCAAGCUCAAUUUUUUUUUUCUCUCCCUUCGACGAUUUGGACCAGCUCCUCCCCUCCCAUCCCAUCUUCUCUUUCAUCAGUCAUCUUUGGUCUUUUCCAACCAAUACCUCUCUCCCCUCCAUCUCAUAUCCACGUCUAUCACAAUGGCCUCCGCUCGCGUUGUCGCCUCUAGGCUCGCUUCCUCCAUGGGCACCAAGGUCGCUCGACCUGCCAUGCGAACUCAAUUGACCAGCGUUGCUGCUAAGCGAACCAUCAGCAAUGCUACUCCCUUCCAGGCUGUCAAGCGCCAGCAAGCCUCCAAGAUCCUGAGCGCCACUACCCGCCAGGCUUUCCAGCAGACUCCCCGCCGAGCAUACUCCUCUGAGAUCGCCCAGGCCAUGGUCGAGGUCUCCAAGAACUUGGGUAUGGGUUCCGCUGCUAUCGGUCUGACUGGUGCUGGUAUCGGUAUCGGUCUCGUCUUCGCUGCUCUCCUCAACGGUGUUGCCCGUAACCCCGCCCUCCGUGGCCAGCUCUUCUCUUACGCCAUUCUGGGUUUCGCUUUCGUCGAAGCCAUCGGUCUUUUCGACCUGAUGGUUGCCCUCAUGGCCAAACUUAAGCAACUUAACCUCCAUACUUACGGAGGCUGGGGUUCACACUACGGUCUGGAACGUGUGAAUGAGCAAAUUCGGAGUGAGGGGUACACCGCGAUAGGUUUUCGUGCCUUCACCGUGUUCAAUAGGCGAACCAGCAUUAGAGUAAUUUAGAGGUCCAUAGACUCCCGUGGAAAGGGGAUAAAAACCUUAGGGGGAGGGUUUGCAUUGCAUUCAAGGCAUGUAAAGAUGGGAGAAAACUCAAGGCCACCCUCUUGGUUGGCGUCUGUAAAAAUACAACCACCAUCUUCACCAACACUACUACUACUACCACCGCUAAGACUUCCCCUUUUUUGUCUUUUCUUUCAUGUCUGGUGACGAGAAAAAAAGAAAAAAAAGAAAGGGACGAGAGAAAAUGAAUCCGUAAAAAACUGUCCAAAAUGGACUAAUCUGAAGAAAUUCCACUCAUCAAGUAUUUUUGAUAUCUUGCCUCUAUCGUGGUAUGGCCUGUAAGAAGGGGAGGGGGGACCCGUUAGCAGAGGCCAGCCAGCUCCUGGUC